CAACAGCGAUUGCAGUUCCUCUCAAUGAAAAAGGCCCUCGGGCCCCUCCAUCGCCUCUUUAUAUCCACAGAGGAAAUGUAAUAUUGCCAGGUAGACCCCGCGCGGCGCAGAUCGGAGUCGUGUAGAGUAAACUGUGCUACUGACGAGCAGGUCGCAGACAGGCGAGCCGAGACAGACAGACGACAGGGUAGCGGUCACGGGCAGCUGCCGCCCAGGUCUACAUAGAUGUCUUUACUCAAAGCUUCAGUGUCAUCCGACUGCUACAGUCACCAUCGUUGCGCCUUCAGUAUACCGAUGUUUCUCGCCGAUCCGUCGUACGAGUGCCUGAUGAGAGAGCGGCAGGCGGCGGGGGGAUGGAACGCGCAGGCAGGCCCCGCCACCUCAGAGAAAGACUUCUCAGCGCCGUCUAUCCACUCCGUCACCAAGCCAGUAGUCGAUGUAGCCAGUGUGCAUGCACAGACAAGGAACAUGCAAGUGACAGAUCCGUACCAGCUGUUCGCACCCAUCACCAGUCGGCUGUGCAGCCAAGGUUCAGGCCAGAUCCAGCUGUGGCAGUUCCUCCUGGAGCUCUUGUCUGACGCCGCCAACGCCAACUGCAUCACCUGGGAGGGAACCAACGGCGAGUUCAAGAUGACGGACCCUGACGAGGUGGCGCGGCGCUGGGGGGAGCGCAAGAGCAAACCCAACAUGAACUACGACAAGCUCAGCCGCGCACUGCGCUACUACUACGACAAGAACAUCAUGACCAAAGUGCACGGCAAGAGGUACGCCUACAAGUUUGACUUCCACGGACUGGCCCAGGCUGCCCAGGCAGCGGCGGGCGGUAUUGCCUCCCCGUACAAGUUCCACACAGAACUGUCCUACCUGCCCGGGUACCCACACGGGCCCAAACUGAACUUCAUGGGGGGACAUAUCCCGUCGUCCUCUGCGAACCUGUUCGCGUCGCCAUCUUCCUACUGGUCCUCCACAGCAGCGGCCAACAUCUACCAGAACCAUGGCAUGACGUCACAUCCGGGACACCUAAGUUCUUAUUACCCUUAAAACAUUCGCUUUCUUUUGUAUAAUCUCCCCAGAAAUGAGAACCACGUGAUAACCACAAUCUCACGAGAUCUAUAGUCCAAACGUAGUGAUCGAAAGCGGGACCUUUCAGAACCGUACGAAGAAACACUGAUUCAUAAACAUGACGGCACAUUACGGGCUGACCUGGAUUGUUUUCUUUCAGGUGGUGUAGAAAGGCAUUGCGCAUGCCAACGCCCAUAAGGGUGUAUAAUCGUGAGGCUCGAAGGUCAUGUUUGCCGUGAAAACAUGUUGACAAAGUCAAAAGUUGACUGUAUACUUAGAAGUCUGAGAAGUGUAACUUCAAAAGUUCAGAAAUAUAAUUCUUUCUAUUUGUGGGACCAAGUUGUAAAAAGAACGAGCAUGGGGAUGUGGGUGAGAAUCAAAGAUUUUAAUCUACGACAGACCGGAGUAUUGUUUAUUUCUGUAGUAGGAGCUUGGAUCUUAUUUCGUUCUCUAAACUGUAUACACAAGGUCUCUUAAAGUAAAUUAUGUUUGUAAGAUGCAUUGGCUCAAUUUCUUUAAGGACGUAAAAGCGUAACUUUAGUAGAACACAACUCGGAGUAUCAGUAGUACAAUGUAAAAUACCAUGUAUGUCUGUAAGUAUAGCUAUUACGGGAAAAGAAUGUUUACCAAGUCUAUUCUGUUGCAACAUGUCCUUGUCAAUGAUUUUCCUGUUCUGUUGACCCGUCAUUAUACAUAUAUUGAACACUAAACCUUGUGCAGACAUUCUUUA